CAAUUCCAAAAUCGGAUUCCCCAGAGCAGAACUGUCCUAUCUAUUAUCCGAUUAUUAUUGGUUUAAACGGGUAUUGACAUCGCAGCUGGUGGGUAUAUCUUAUUCUCUUCACCCACGAUUGAGCAUAAACUCUCCAGUUUCUACGAUCUCAAAUGGGGCUUAUCUGUACUUUCCAGUACCAUCCAAAAAGCAGUAAACUCAUGACCUCUCGUCAGGCUGAUGAUUGAGAAUUUUGAGAUUGGGGUUUGAUAAAAAUGCAUAAAGAUGGACCAUGCCGUUCCUCAUCCUGAUUGGUUGAUUGUCAUUUCCAUCUCAGUCUCUCGCCAAAUAAUAUAUAUAUAUAUAUAUAUAUAUAUCUUUUUUCCUUCUUGGGAAGUUGCUCGUGCACAUUGCACAACGCUCAUCAGCCAUUAAAAACGGCCAAAUUAGUAAAACCGCAAUUCCAGUUUUAAAAGCUGUUGGAGGUUUUGAUUAGUGGAAGUUGGGAGUUGGGGACUGGGAAGGACUAGGGUUUUGGUUAUACUGAGAAGUUCGUUCGACUUCAUUGGAGAUUGCAUCGAAACGCUGCGCCUUUGCAGUCUGAUUCAUAUCCAACAGGCCUCGCUCUGUGGUGAGCUAGCCCAAUCAGCAUCUGUAUAAGCUUUAACUCAGAGGUGAUCAUGAGGAGAUAAGAGGAUCCCUUUUCCUGCAGCUGACUUCAAGUAUCGAAUUUUGAGAAAGAAAUGUUUUCACCGAGAGGAAUUCCUGGGGAGAGGCUGGAUCACGAGGAUUCAUCAGCUGAUACUGGGAAGGAGAAUGCAUCUGUUGUGGAUUCAUCAAUGACUGAAUCCAAACAUGACUUGGAGAAUUUUAAUGAUCCAGGUUCGAACUACAUGGAGAAUGAGGUGUGCUAUCCCUGUCGAACAGAAGAGCAAAUUCAUUCUCCCAGCCAAGUAGAAAAUUCUACUGCAAUGAAAGAUGGAAGACCUUAUACAACUAGAUACUUCAUCAUUAAAAGUUUGAACCAUCACAAUAUCCAACUAUCAAUUGAGAAAGGAAUUUGGGCCACUCAGGUCAUGAAUGAACCAAUCUUGGAAGCAGCCUAUCGUAGCUCUGACAGAGUUAUUCUAAUAUUUAGUGUCAACAUGAGCGGUUUCUUCCAAGGGUAUGCCCAGAUGAUGUCUUCUGUUGGCUGGAGGCGAGACAGUGUCUGGAGUAAUGCCAGUGGUGGAAGUAAUCCAUGGGGGCGCACUUUUAAAGUUAAAUGGUUGCGAUUAAAUAACUUGGCUUUUCAAAAGACUCUUCAUCUCAAGAAUCCACUAAAUGACUACAAGCCUGUCAAAAUUAGCAGAGACUGCCAGGAGUUAUCUCAAGAAAUCGGUGAAGCUCUUUGUGAGCUCAUCGAUGGAAAUAUUGAUACAGAUGGGAAUCUGAAAAGGACCAAUUUUACUAGGGAUGAAUUGUUUAUAAAAAGACCUUGUUUGGAAUCUCCACUUCCCCUUCAAGAUGAAUUUUUUCAUAUUGCGCCAUGUAAUAUGCCAUGGACCAGGACACCUUUGGCUUAUCCUUCCGUGCUCUACCAACACAUCUCAGAAGGCGAAGCAAGUAAUUUCCAUUUUGCACAUGGAAGAUCUCCUAGGGGAUUUCUUCCAAAUAAUCCCCCUACCAAUUUUGAGGCAUCAAAAAGUUCACUGAAGAAAUCUUCAUGUGAUCAUGGGAAUCACAAUAACAAACCAGGGAAUAUGGAUAUGUCUUUUCAGCUGAAUAGUGGGGGUCUGUCUACAAAAAGAAGCCAUCUUGUUGAUUCCCUAUCUGAGGAUGAUUUUCUUGAAAUGACAUAUGAAGAAUACCUGCAGGCCCUUGGCAGAAGCAAUAAGUCAUCACAUGGUCCGGUAGUUGGAUCAUCAAGGAGCAUGCUGGAGCCAUCAAGUAAAGAUCUUGAAGAUGAUCAAUACUUGCGUUCUCUGUCUGACUGUCAGCACUCCCAAAAGAAGACGUAUCAGCCAUCUUACAAAUAACAGGAUGUAUGUGCAAUUAGCCAGGCUAUCUUCAUGGAGUAAUUUGUGGUUAAUAAGAGAUAGUAUUAAUGAAGGUCUUCCAUUUUCUCUAGGGAUCAGUUUUGUAAAGUAAAUUACACCAAUUGUACUAUACUUCCCCAUGAAAGAAUCCUACCUAAGAAUGGGAACUAAAUUUGUACAGAAAUUAAAUUUGUGAAAAGUUGACAUUUCACCACCAAUCACACCAAAGGGCACUUGUACGUUCCACUGAGUUAUGUAUCUAUUCUUUUAUUGAGAGAAUAUGGAAUUUGCAUUUGCUUU